AUGGCCUUUCGGAGAUCUCUUUCUCCCUCACUCCUCAUUGGCCUCCUGUCUCUCGUCUCGACCGUUAGUUUGAUAUUCGUGGCGAGCCUCGCCACCACCACCGCUGCCACCAGCGUCCGCCUUAGCUUCAUCCGAAAACCGUCCAAACCUCUUCCCCUCUUUCGCGAAGCACCCGUGUUUCACAACGGGGAUGAGUGCACCAAUGACAUUGUUCAUGUAGCAAUGACUCUUGACUCGAACUACCUCCGCGGGACCAUGGCAGCCGUGUUAUCCAUUUUACAACACUCGUUUUGUCCCGAAAAUGUAUAUUUUCAUUUCCUGUGGUCCCAUUGCGACGAAGAAAUCUACACCACCAUCAAAACAACAUUCCCAUACCUUAGGUUUAAGAUAUAUAAAUUUGACUCGAAAAAGGUUUGUGGGAAGAUCUCCAAAUCCAUCCGUCACGCACUUGACCAGCCAUUGAACUAUGCGCGAGUCUACCUUGCGGACAUGUUACCGAAGAAUGUCAACCGUGUGAUCUAUCUAGACUCGGACAUUGUGAUGGUUGAUGACAUUAGGAAGUUGUGGAGAGUUAACUUGGAAGGCAAGGUACUCGCUGCACCUGAGUAUUGUAAGGCAAACUUCAAGCGGUACUUCACGAAUGGUUUCUGGAUGGACCGUAAUUUAUCGAAAACAUUCAGGGGUCGAAAUCCGUGUUAUUUUAACACAGGGGUGAUGGUUGUAGAUGUUCAUAAAUGGAGGGAAGGUGGGUAUUCAUACAAAGUAGAAGAAUGGAUGGCAGUGCAAAAGCAAAAAAGGAUAUAUCACUUGGGUUCAUUGCCACCAUUUCUGCUUGUUUUUGCUGGAAAUAUUAAAGGAAUUGAUCAUAGAUGGAACCAACAUGGGUUAGGUGGUGACAACAUUCAAGGAAAAUGCAGGAGUUUGCACCCUGGUCCGAUUAGCCUGCUUCAUUGGAGUGGGAAAGGUAAACCAUGGUUGAGACUAGACUCGAGGAAACCUUGUACGGUUGAUCACUUGUGGGCUCCGUAUGAUCUUUAUCGCUCAUCUAAAAAUAGACUGGAAGAGUGACAAAAUCUAGAUCACUAAACAGAUGAAUCUUGUUCGAUCCAAAAAGACAAGAACCGAAAGCAAAUGAACAAAAAAAGUGCUUCGGGUAAUUUGCAAUGAGCGCGUUAGAUCAAGUUUAUUGAUCUUUCCUAUGACAUAUAACAGAAACGCGAAAAGAAUCAUGUGUGGCAAUGUAUCUGCAAGUGAAAACAUCGUGUUUAACCUCAACCUCGAUCGUGUUUUAGCCUCUCUUCU